CAACAUUUUGAACUACUGUAAAUAGUUUUGUAGGCACCAAGAGUCUUGACAACAUCGUCUAGCUUCUGGGAACACACCGACAGAUGUGACUUGUACAUUAUUAUAAUGUGUCAUGGAAUAUCACAUGCGGGUUUUUCUUCUUUGAUUUCGUCCUCGUAGCCAGCUGAUCUUUACAACAUUUAUGACGGAUAAGACUUCACCCAUUUACUUUGUUGACACCGUGAAAAGAUGAGCCACACGCCGCCUAUGGUGAGAGACACCACGAGACAAGUCCGAGAUUUGCUGACCACAAACCCAUGGGGUGCACUGCGGCUAAACCGAAGAAAGAAGUGAUGGGGAAAACGGAGAAAUCUAUAAAAGCGGCUCUGUUGAUCCAGCGCUGGUACCGACGUCACCAAGCCCGUCUGGAGGCCAGACGUAAAGCCACGUGGUCCAUCUUCCAGAAUAUCGAGUAUGCCGGGGAGCAAGACAAUUUCAAGCUCUACAACUUCUUCAACUCUGUGGUGGAGCAGUUCGCCUCAGAUGACCGGCAGCUGGCUAUGAUGAAGGCCUUUAGCGAGGCCCAGCACCGGUCUCUGGCCCCGCGUUCAUCGGAGAUAUUCACGGACGACGCUGAGCUUACCGCUUUUAAGAACGAAGUGAAGUCCAUGGUGAUAGAGGCCGGUUAUGACGGCCCCAAGUUGCAAUUUCCGAUCAAUAAAUCACAGAUCAAAUCAUUGAUGGCGGCGUUCAAAUCCGAUAAGGUUAUCCACGCCAAAUAUCUUCUGGACCUCCUGAUUAGGGCUAGGGCCGCGCUGGUCAAACUGCCCAACAUAAACCGUGUCUCCACCUCCUACUCCAAGCAAGUCACCAUCUGUGGUGACCUGCACGGUCAGCUCAACGACCUCUACAUCAUCUUUCACAAGAAUGGCCUGCCCGCAGCAGACAACCCGUACGUUUUCAACGGCGACUUCGUGGACCGCGGGGAGAACAGCAUAGAGGUCAUCACGCUUCUGUUGGUUCUACUGCUGGACCCCACGGGGAAGAUUUACCUCAACAGGGGGAAUCAUGAGGACAGGGCGAUGAACGUCAGGUAUGGCUUUACCAAGGAAAUAAUUAAAAAGUACAAGGAACACGCGACCAAGAUCGCAACGAUGUUCGACCAGAUCUUCUGUUACCUGCCCCUGGGGACCAUCAUCGACCAGAAGGUUUUGGUCGUACACGGUGGCAUCUCUGAACACGUCGACCUUCGCUUUAUCGAGAAGAUUGACCGGAGAAAGUAUAUUUCAAUCCUGCGACCCCCGGGUCUACUAGACAUGGAUCCGAGCGCUGAGAUCAAACUCGACCACCUGACUCCCAGGGAAAUCGAGGAAUGGCAACAGAUUGUUGACAUACUGUGGAGUGAUCCAAGAACCACUGAAGGAAUGGUGUUCAACACGUUCCGGGGAGGGGGCUGCUACUUCGGUCCCGACAUAACCAACAAAGUACUCAGACGCCACCGCCUCGCCAUGCUGAUCCGCUCGCAUCAGUGCAAGGAGGAAGGUUAUGAGUACAUGCAUAACGGGAGGGUUCUCACCGUAUUCUCUGCGUCUAACUACUACGAGGAUGAGAGCAACAAAGGGGCGUACGUCAAAUACAUGCGGCAAAAAUCUGCCACAGACAUGCCCAUGUGCCAGAUUGUACAGUUCAACGCUUUAGUGCGUUCCGGGAGGCGGUUUACGCUGCCGGAAAGAAUCAGUUACCUGGAAUCAUCAGCACUGAACAAUGUGAAACAAAUGAUCAUCUCCAACAGAUCAGCUCUAGAAGAAAAAUUUAGCAAAAGUGAUCCAUCCGGCACAGGUGUGAUCACAGCCGCCCAGUGGUUCACCGCCAUGGAGAGCGUGAUGGGGGUCAACGUGCCCUGGCGGACCCUCAAGGACAAGCUUGUACAGUGUGACGGCGCGAACGUCCUCUACAACACCACGUUCAGCGACCUCAAGCUGACGUUCCAGAAAGUGGAGAUCAACGAACCUUCCAUAACGGAGAGCUUGUACAAGCACAAGGAGGUUCUGGAGACGAUCUUCCGCACGUUCGACAAGGACAACUCGGGCCACAUUUCGAUGGCGGAGUUCACCGAGGCCUGCCAGAUCCUCAUGAAGCACGCGAACGUCAAGGUGCGCCCCGACCAGAUCGCCGACAUCGCGCGCAGCCUCGACCUCAACAAGGACGGGCACAUCGAUUUCAAUGAAUUCCUAGAAGCUUUCAGGAUCGUCGACAGCCAGCAGAAUCGGUUAAUGAUUAGUCCUUCGAAAAGAAAUAUCUUUUAGGGGUGAUUUUUUUUUUUAGAAGAAAGCUUUAUUAUAAUGUGGAAUUAACAACUUAUUUGUUAGUUCAAGUAUAUGUUUUAGAGUUGACUUUGCUAGUUAUUGGAAGUUGCGUAGCUAUUUCUGUAUAUCCAGAUGGCCUUUCUUCCUAUAAAUGAAUGUGUACAUAUGUAUAUAUAUUUAUAUAUACACUUAGAUGGAGUCCCCUGUCCCCUGGUUUGUGAUGUAUAGCUACUUUAUAACAUGUCAAAGAAAACAUCCAUGAGUGCGUAAGUCAAAAGUCAACCUCUGAAAUUAUGUAAAUAAAAUCAAUAGUGGUGUGCCAUCAAUGCAUAAUAAACUUUUUUUUUCAACUCUUGGCCAUUCUAAAUUUUUAAAU